CGUAGUGUCAUGAAUGACCCAGGACAACAGCAAAAAAAAGUGCUUUCAAAAGCCGCAAUCAGCUGAAGAACUUGAUUUUGUGUGCAGCUGCUUUGUUGAAGUGUUCUUUAAGCCAUGAGCAGCAUUUCAGUUGAAGAUAAAGUUAAAAUUGCCUCUUCUUUUCUUCUUUCCAGUCCACCUGGAGAAGUUAAUGAUGUAUUUAAUGACGUACGUACAUUGGUCAAUGAUGAUGAGGCUCUUCAAGAUGGCAUCCUUCAAACACUUGAACAAUAUAAUACAGAGCAACACAUUACUGUUCGUCUUCCAGAUACUGAUUAUGAUGUCAUUGUAUGCAAACACGGUAAAGUUGGUGAGGACAGAUUCCUCGACCCACGCUCAAAAAAGACAUUCAAGUUUGAUCACAUGCGUUUGACAGCAUCUGAUUUGGAAGAUUAUGCUGUUGAGAGUCCCUUGGAGUCUCUUCGAGAGACAGUUGAAAAGGAAGCUUUGGAAUACGUUAAUGAUCAUUAUCCCAACGGCGUAUGCACUGUUCACACGACCGAAAAUAAUGAAAUUGUUAUCGCCAUUGUAGACAAUAAAUAUAACCCCAGUAACUUUUGGAACGGCAGAUGGCUUUCCUCAUGGAUAUACGAUACCCAAUCUCACAGUUUGAAAGGAAGUACGAGAGUGAAUGUUCAUUAUUAUGAAGAAGGCAACGUUCAACUGAAUGCUGAUAAAACAUUUGAAGCACAAUUAACAGAAAUCAGCGAUGAGAAGCAGCAAGCAGUCGCUUUGUUAAAGCAGAUCACUACUUUUGAUCGAACUUAUCAAAGUACAAUGAAUGAAAGCUAUAAUGAACUAGCAGAGAAUACUUUUAAGGGCCUUAGAAGAACGUUACCUAUGACACGUAACAAGAUGGACUGGAGUAAGAUUAUGAAUUAUAAGAUUGGUAACGAAUUGGCGCAAAAAUAAACAUCUUAUUAUAUGAAUAAAUAGUAUAUGCAUUUGUUUGCAAAUGGGC